AGCUGCUCGUAGACUCGCGGUGAAAACGUUGAGAACACAGGUUUUUCCCCUUUUUUGAUUUAUUAAUCAAACAAAAUCAUCUAAAAUGGAAGCUUUUUUGCAAAAGAAAUACAAACUGGUCAACAGCGAAAACUUCGAUGAAUUCAUGAAAGCUGUCGGUGUUGGUCUUGUGACCAGGAAGAUGGGAAACGCUGUAUCUCCCGUCGUCGAAUUGAAGAUGGACGGUGACCAAUACGUCUUGUCGUCCACCUCCACCUUCAAGAACGUCGUCACCAAGUUCAAGCCAGGCGUUGAAAUCGACGAUGAAACUCCUGAUGGCAGGAAAGUCAAGUCUACUUACAACGUCAACGGUAAUGUUAUCACCGAGAAGCAAAUCGACUCCGCCGGUAAGGUCACCAUCAUCGACAGGACGUGGUCCAACGACGAAAUCAAGAUGGUAUUGAAAGUCGACAAUAUCGUCUGCACCAGAAUCUACAAGGCUCAAGCCUAAAUAAAACUUUGAAAGUUUAAAAA